GGAGAAAUAGAAAGAGGGAGAAAAGCUACAACGCUGGUGUGCAAGCAGACCGACUCUCAUCUGUGCCCGGAGUACCGAGUUAUACAACUUCUCCUCCAUCAAAAUAAGACAAAAACGAAAGAAAAGUAAGGGGUUGCAGGUUUGUUUAUCCAGCCCUGUCUACGAAAGUGAAACUCUGCUUACAUGAACCUCAUUUACAGCUGGGCUGCUACUGUCAGACCGGGUUGGAGGACAAUCAAUUGCAACUGCUGCUGCCGCCGCUGGUGUGUUUUGUGUGGUGUGGACUUUCUCACGUUGCGGUGGACUCACACACACACACAUACAGAAGCUUGCAUGCCCGGUACUCCCCCUCCUCCCACCUCUCUCUCUCUCUCUGUGGCACAUACAUACACACACUCGGAGGGAGAGGCAGUGUGUGAGUGGCGGACCCUGUCGUGUGGAGUUUAUUGAAGAGAGGAGAAGAGAGGAGCGGAGUGGCAGACUCUACCAUGCCAGUGCAGGGAGAAAGGCUGAAGCGCUGUCUCUCUCUCUGUCUCUGGAGCCGGAGUCCUCUGCUGUUGCUUGGACUGUUCUCUCUUCACGCACAAGCACACGGCAACAUAUUGGACAGUAUGCUGCUAAGAGCAUCCAGUAAGGAGGCAGUGGAGAGUGGGAAGGAGAUUAGUGGCAGCACAGCUCCUUCUUCAUCCUCCCAAAGACUACUGUGGUGUCACUGUUAUCACCACUGCCCUGAAGAUUCAAACAACAAUACAUGCAGGACGGAUGGCUACUGUUUCACUAUGGUGGAGGAGGAGGGUGGAGUACCAGUCCAGACUGCAGGUUGCCUCGGGCUUGUUGGAUCAGAAUUUCAGUGUCGGGACACGGGGAACUCGCGUCAGAGGAGAUCGCUGGAGUGCUGUACAGACCAAGAUUACUGUAACAAAAACCUGCAUCCCACACUGCCACCGCUGAAACCGCCUCUCUACGUAGAUGGAAAGAUCCACCACAUGGCCUUGUUGAUCUCCGUCACUGUGUGCAGCAUUAUCCUGGCUGUCAUUAUUGUCUUCUGCUACUUCAGGUAUAAGCGCCAGGAGUCUCGGCCCCGGUACAGUAUUGGUCUAGAGCAGGAUGAGACCUACAUUCCCCCUGGAGAAUCUCUGAGGGACCUGAUAGAGCAGUCGCAAAGCUCUGGCUCAGGCUCGGGGCUCCCUCUAUUGGUGCAGCGAACAAUAGCCAAGCAGAUCCAGAUGGUGAAGCAGAUAGGCAAGGGGAGGUAUGGAGAGGUGUGGAUGGGCAGAUGGAGAGGAGAAAAAGUUGCUGUUAAAGUUUUCUUCACCACUGAGGAGGCCAGUUGGUUCAGAGAGACUGAGAUUUACCAGACCGUCCUAAUGAGACACGAGAACAUACUCGGUUUUAUAGCUGCUGAUAUUAAAGGAACUGGCUCCUGGACCCAACUCUACCUAAUCACCGACUACCAUGAAAAUGGCUCUUUGUAUGACUAUCUCAAAUCAACCACUCUAGAAAAUAAAGCCAUGUUGCGACUGGCCUACUCCUCUGUGUCCGGCCUCUGUCACCUCCACACUGAGAUCUUCGGCACCCAGGGCAAACCUGCCAUCGCCCACAGGGACCUGAAGAGUAAGAACAUACUGGUGAAAAGAAAUGGGACCUGCUGUAUAGCUGACCUGGGACUGGCAGUCAAGUUUAUCAGUGACACCAAUGAGGUAGACAUCCCUCCCAACACUAGAGUCGGUACAAAGCGCUACAUGCCUCCGGAGGUUCUGGACGAGACUCUGAACAGAAGUCAUUUUCAGUCGUACAUCAUGGCCGACAUGUACAGCUUUGGACUCAUUCUCUGGGAGAUUGCUCGGCGUUGUGUCUCAGGAGGGAUCCUUGAGGAGUACCAGUUGCCGUACCAUGAGUUAGUUCCUACAGACCCUUCAUAUGAAGACAUGAGAGAGGUGGUCUGCAUCAAGAGACUACGACCAUCCUUUCCAAAUCGAUGGACCAGUGAUGAGUGUCUGAGACAGAUGGGGAAGCUGAUGACAGAAUGCUGGGCCCACAACCCGGCCUCACGCCUCACAGCCCUCCGGGUCAAAAAGACACUUGCCAAGAUGUCAGAAUCACAGGACAUCAAGCUGUGAGCGGGCGCUGCCAGCUGUGUGUUUACACACAUAGAAAGGGCACUAACAAUCACACUGACUCUGGUCCAGGCUGCACAAUCUUUUUUUUCCUGGGAAAAGGAGGUGGAACAGGAAGCAAGAUCAUCACUUUGGAGAUCACAGGAUCACAAACUUUGAGUCCAGAUGCCCAGAACUUUGCAAUCCACAGCCCCCUCGAAAACUUGUAUUACAGGACUACAGUAAAAUAAAGUAAAUCAUGAACAACCUUGGUCUGUUCAUCAGAGAAGAUGAGACUUUUUCAUUUCAGACUAGUGCGAGGACUCUAUAACCAGGUUCCUGUUCACAUGCUCCAAAAGCCCUGGAGAAAGAGGUUGAGUUUAACUUGGCACUGUAGCUGCAGAAAUCCGUAAACAAGCUACUGACCAGUGAGUGGAAAACUUAAUCACUGCUUUCUGUGAAAGCUACCCUACCUGUAGAUGAAGGUCUGAUUGAUAGAAUGGAAAGGAUAUGCUUUAAGGCAAUCUGUUAUUGCAGCAUGACACCUUCUUUCAAAACACUGUCAACCCACUACUGCCUUUAUGUUAUAAUUGGACUGAACACACUUUUGUCACUCUUAAAUUGACAGCUUUUACAAUGACUGACACUAUGUGGCAGAGAAAAAGUGUACUUUUGAGGCUUUAAAAGUUUUGUUUACGUUGGUAAUGUUUGUACUGAAGGAAAGGUACACCUGUAUUUUUGAUUUGUGAUGGGAUGUGAAAGUUGCAAAAGCUUAUUUUCCAUGUAAAACUCAAACUCUUUAAGACUCUUUGUGAAAAAAUAAAGUUUAUAUGUCCAAAUAAAUUCUGGAGGCUCUACAUGCCUCUGUGUUUCCUUGCCCUGUGUGAGGAGAAAGGGGCUUUACAAUAAUGGAGUGAUUGAAGCAGAAAGGUGCCACCCGUAGGUGCUCCGCAGCAAUUACAGGAAGGGAAGUCUGCCACGGCAACCAGAGACUGUUGUACACUAACUGUAGUGGUGACUUCUUGCUUGAUAAUGUAGUGAUCUAAUAUAAAUGUGUGGAAUUGUGCCUGUGCUAGUUUAGGGGAACCACAAGUUGUUUGUCACAGGGGACUGUUACCAUUCAUUCAUUCAUUCAUUCAUUCAUUCAUUACCAUUAACCGCUUAUCCACAUUCGGGUCGCGGGUCACUGGAGCCUAUCCCAGCCAUUCAGACGCACACUAAUACAGAGUGGCUCCAAUAAUUAGGCUGAUGAUGGCUAUGUGUGUCUCCAGUUUACAGGCAGGAGAACUGAUACUGAAGCAGCAAUGUAUUUUAAUAAGCAAAAAACCCACUCAGUUU